CUGGGCCAAACAUAUGAUAUAACAAAACAGAAAAUAAACAAUUAGCAAUAAAGUGGUAAUUCCCGUAAAGAUUUGAAUUGGAAAUGGUGAACAAAACGCUUCUACUGGUUGUGGGUCGUUGUGUGUUCGCGCAUCAUUCGUUUCAACCGUGGACCAGAUGCUUCAGCGCUAAACCAUCGGCAAAUGUCUGCGAAAAGAACAAGGUGCCGGCCGUCAAAUCACAACAACCGGACGAAAAGAUAGUAAAAGUGGCGAUUAUUGGUGUACCAAAUGCGGGGAAGAGCACUUUGAUUAAUCAUCUGGUGGAGCACAGGGUUUGUCCAACCUCGAUGAAAGUACACACUACGCGUAGCGCCGCCAAGGCAAUACAAAGCCGUAACAACUCGCAGAUGAUCCUAUUCGAUACCCCCGGGCUGGUUGGAGAACGCGAGAUGAAGAAACAUCAACUUGGUCCAGCGUUCGUUUCCUCCUGUCGACACGCAAUCCAGAACUCCAAUUUGAUCGGUGUCGUUCACGAUGUUUCGAAUGGGUGGACCAGAAAUGCGCUCAACCCGAUCCUGCUUGAAGUACUGAAAAACAACGUCCACAUUCCGAGUUUCCUGAUAUUGAACAAAAUUGAUGCGCUGAAAUCGAAGCGAAUUCUGCUGGAUAUUGUCAAAAAUAUUACAAACAAUCAAGUGAUCAACAUUAAAAACUAUCCCAAGCAAAGGGUAAAAAGCUUGGAGAAACCUGAUGAAAAAGUUAAGAAACCAGAGGCGGAGGGAUGGUCCCACUUCACGGAAAUAUUCAUGGUGUCCGCCCUCACGGGAGAUGGUCUGCGAGAAUUGAUUAAUUUUCUUUAUUCUCACGCCAAAAGUGGACCCUGGGAGUAUACAGCUACGGAAAGCACCGACCAAUCGCCUGAGGAAUUGAUUGUGCAAAGCGUGCGGGCUCGAUUACUUGACUAUCUGCCACAGGAGAUUCCUUAUCUGCUCCAGACCGAAUUGGAAUACUAUGAGAACAUUAAGGGGAAAAUAUUCGCCAGUGCCGUCGUCACAUGUCCAAGUGAACGAGUGGAGCGGCUGCUGUGCGGAGAGGCCAAUGGGAAAUUGCGCCAAAUAACUGAGCGCGUGACGUCGGAUUUGAUUGAGACUUUCACCACCCGGGUGUCGCUUACGAUUUCUACGAGGGUUCGAAGUAAGGACAAAUGAUCUUGUAUGGAAUGUAAUAAAUAAAUGAU